AUGAAGAGUGAAAAUAAUGAAAUUUGUUAUCUUGAAGACUGCCUGACACCUAAAUAUUUUGAUUCUACUGUAAAAUGUUCAAUGCAAAUAGCCAACUAUAAUAAACUAACAGAUAGCUUUGCAUCUCCUUUUAUAAUUCUAAAACUUGGACAUUUAAUUAACCAAUGUUGCGAUAUUGCAGAAUUCAUUAAAUUUAAAGAACAAGAUGGUCAAUCCGAAAAAAUCAAGCAAGAAUAUGAAUACAUAAUAUGA